UUCAAUCAAUUCAAUCUCAAAAAUCUAGCGGCUGGCGGUAUAAUAAGAUCACGUUUUUUCGAUUUUUGUUUCUAUUAUGAAUAUACCUAAGUCAAUUUAAAUUUAAACCUUUUAAAGUAAUUUAAUUUGCUAUUUUAACCGAUAAGUUAAUUUAUUACGCUAUCAAUGGCUUUAGUUAAUUAAUCGUUUCUUCUUAAGGUGUCUUCGUGAUUUUAAAAUUCGCAUCUACUUUCGGUUUAAUAAAGUUUCUAUAAUACGCAUUCUUCAAUGUGUUCUGUUGAAGUCAACAUUUUAAAUUAAUUCGCUACGCGGUUUUGUGCCUGUCAACACCCAAUAAUUGCAUUAUGGAAAUACUGUCGUUCGUCAGAGAGCUGGUACAGGGGGCGGUGGAACACGCGGCGAGCUACCGUCUGGGGCAGACCUGUAUCCGCUACAUGGACAAGGUGCUGUGGACAGUGGAGAAGUGUGCACGAUGGGCUGUGCCACCACCGUUGGAUCAAGAUGAAAGGCAGCAGCCGCAACUGAUACGACCGUUACCGUGGGUGUUUUUCCUGAUGCUGCUUAUAUUGCUGCGGUUGACCAGAGAGUCGAUAUCCCUCGUUAAUCUGGCGUUUGGGAAACCACCGUUUAGAUCUGCUGAUAUGGUCUCGUUCAUACAAAGCAAGCGUCGCUACCUGCGCACGCUGAAGUACCAAGGCACGCGCAUGAUGCGCGCGCGCAGCGAGGCCCCGGGCGACUCCUGGAGGAGCAGCCUGUACGGGCUGUUCCAGUUCACCAUGUGCUUCCGGAGACACCACUAUGCGAAUAAUAAUACUACUCAGGCGAGCAACAAUGAUGAGGUGCUGGUAGUGAAACGCACUAAACGUGGGCGCCAGUCGGCCAGCCCGAUGGCGUCGACCAGUGAGACGAGCAUGGAGCGACUCAUCGAGAAGAUGAUGGUGGAUUUGGAUGCUGAUUCAGAUGAAUCCUCCAGCUACACGUUAACAAACGCGGCGAGCUUGAAAAGCGACAGGUCGGAUUAUACGGAAUCUGACCAGGAAUUCUACAAAGAGUCAAAUAACAGCAGCGCAUUGUACACUUCCACGCCAGAGAGGGAGCUGUCGAGGGAGGAGAAAAGGAGUGACCUGGAGACAAUAUUGAACUUCGUACAGAGUGAACGCAACGGGCAGAAUCAUAAAUUCGCAAAUGGAACAUAUACAUUGCCAGCCAAAGAAAGGAUCGCAGAAGGGGAGCUGAUAUAUUGAAAACUAAAAUCUUAGCUGUACUAAAACUUUUACUAUUUACUGUUUUUAUAACUUAUUUACACACUAUUCAUUUUAGAGGCAUUUAAGCAACGCUCAAUAAAAUUUACUACAAACUAUACUAAUGUUAAGCGAAAGUUCAUGCUUUUUCACUCUAACUUAUUUCAUUUUCAUAGAAUAGAAAGAGAUAACUAUAUUAUAAUUGAUAAAUAUAUUAUCAAUUUUAAUCGUAGGUGUUAAAUUUUAAGUUAUAUUUAUGGUUCCUAAACGAUAUGUUUCCAUAGACAAUACCAUAUGUGACAGAAUUGCCAGUUGAAAAAUGUAUGUAAUUAAAAGUGAUUGCUAAUUUUAUUCUUGAACAAUUUGUUGUUAUCCUAUGGUAUUGUAUGAUGGAAAAAACUCAAGUCAUUUAUUUAUAUGUCAAUUACAACAUUUUUUAUACUUUUUAUUUUUAAAUUUAAAAUUACUUCAUAUCCAACAAAAAUUUUAUUUAUUUCUACAGAGUCUAGAGGCGGGUCCUUUAUUUAUUAUUAUUCAAAGUAAAAAUAAAAAUACUAAUUGAAACAAAGGCAGCUUUAGGUUAUAAGAGUGUUUGUUAUGCAAUUUCCCUUAUAAUUAUUUAUGAAUUCCAAUGCCUUAUCAAGCGACAUUCCCGAAAACGCAGGUUUUAAAUUUCUCUGUAUUUCUUUAUGUGGUACUUUGAACUGGGUGAAUCGAUUUCGAUGAUUCAUUUUUCGUUUCAAAUCUGGUGCCUUCCCCGUGGUCCGAUUUAAAUUUGAUCUAGUUCCACUAACAAUACACAAUACUAUUGAAUAAUGUGA